GAGCGCGUCUACUCCCACGAAAGCCGAGCAGACUAUUUGGCAUUUGGCAUCUACUACCAAUUUGCGAGAGGUUGAAGACCAGCGGAAGUUUGACGUACUUCGUUUGUUCAUAGGGCGGCGAGACACACGGAUCUAAGGUAAUAUCGUCUCCCAUCUAACGCAUUUUAUACAUCACCGCACUACGGGAGCAAUCCUGCAGUGUGGUCUUUUUCGAGAUCAUAGUCCCUCCGUUUUUCAUGGACUCUGUGUGCAAACGCAUCAUGAUCCCAUCAUGAUCCCUUAACGGCAAUGGCAGCCAUCGAAAAAACUGACUAGUGCUUGCUGGCCAUUGACGCAUGAUGGAUGGGUACGGGACCCCGCCGCCUUCGGGGCCGAGCGCGCCUCGACGGAUUGACGAUUUAUCAUCCGGAUCAGAUGACGAAGAGAUUUUUUAAUACCCCUCUUGCAGAUAGUGCAGUGAACCAUGCACACUCAUGGUCUACAUAUAUUUCUGACUCCCCGAGGACGAGGACAACAAUUGUCGACCCUAUGAUCAACAACGGAGAUAGGCCAGCAGAUGAACUUCGCAAUGAGCACAUCAAGAUUGCUGACGAGUUACGCGUGGUGCUAGUGGCAUGUAUAUUUGAAUACUUUGACGGAUGGACGCCGAAGGCAAAGGGAUGGCAGAAUUGGUUCCCCAAAGCUCACCAACGGCCCUUGGGUUUGCAGCAGGGCUUCAAGAGGGGAUACAGGCGCUACAUUAUGUGAGGCAGUGGAUGGGGACAAAACUACAGAGGAGUCUAUCGCCAGUACAUUUGCAGAAACCGUCAUAUCAAAACGACGGAUAAAAUCAACUAACAGCAUGAGCGAUUUUUCUGAUGCAACAGUUAGGAGAUGAGAUCUACCAAUCAAGGAUGAUCCUUCUUUAUGAAGUUCUGGGAUUAGCUGGGAACAUUGGGCAACUCCCUGCAAAAUUUAAGAUGUGCCAGACUGAUUGCUGAGAAGGGGGCAAAUAUAGCUUGGUCAGACUAUCACUAUUAGCACCGCCACAAUCAAGAAGUCAGAAGGGGGUCAUUUGCAACGGCCUUGUAAAGCGAACCCUGGUCGUUCCCAUUAUCAAAGAACCUAUGGGAGACUCAUAAUUUUUCCUGAGAACUAUCUGCAGGUUAUGUAAUAUGCAUUUUAUGGAACUGUUUCCGUAUGCUUAGAGUGCG